UAGUUUGAAAUCGUCGCUCGCUGAAUUCACUUCGCAUUUGAGCCGACCCGCACGCCACGCGGCCGUCGCGCAACAAACAAACGACCGUCGAAGUCGAACUCGACGCUCAAGUUGAAGCGUAAAGCAAAAGCAAACGCAAUCGAAAAUUACUACAGAAAUUUACCGCUUGCUCCGCAAUCGCACCUGUGUGUAUGUUUAAGUAAACGUCUUGUCCUGCCUGACUCGUGGUCUCCUUUUCGUUCUCCUUUUUGUUUGUCGCGUUUAUCGCGUGUGUCUUUCAAUUGAUUUCGUGCAACAGUAAAUUGGCCACAAAAAUUGCAAACCAAAAUCAAUUUUAAAUAUUGUGAAAUCUCUUCGAUCGUGUUGAUUCUUGUUGAUGAUUCGCUGCAGCAAACGCCGCCAGCAGAAGCAGGCAUAAGACAAGUGCCGACACAAGUGAGAAAGACAACCAAAAUGUGCGCAAAGUAAAGAGUAUCAAAAUAGAAGAAAUUAUUACAACGAAUAGAAAAAGCGUAACAAGAAAUUGAAGUUCAAAGUGAAUUGGAUAAAAUGUGCAAAGUGCAGUGAAAAAUUGUUGCUAGUCGCCGCAUCAAGCGUUAACAGUUCCCUGAGCGGACAGAGCGGACGGAGCUGACUUCCCUUUGGUCCCUUCUUUCGUUUCACUCUUCCUACUCUACUCAUUCUCGCCUUCUCGCCAUCUAUUUCGUCUGUCUGUACCGAGUGUCGGCUUUCUGGGCCCGCAAAAGCCGCCAAAAUUAAGUUCUCAAAGCAGAGCCAGCAUCACGCAUACCGUCACACGGACAGCCUCUACGACGGUGGCACCGACACCGACGACGACGAAUGUCCUUUGGAGUCGACCACAAUGAAUCCCUACGAGUUUGAGUCCACGCUCGACUGUCGCGACGCGGGCGGCGGCCCCUGCCCCGGCACCCUGCCCAUGACCGGCCGCCACACCGCCUCCGGCGUCCCGCUGCACAGCCAAACGCUCCAGCAUCAAAACCAACAGAAUUUACAAGCCGCCGCCGCCGCCGCCGCUGCCGCAGCCGCUGCCUCAGCCGCGGCCGCUGCCGCCGCUCAGCAGUCCUCGCACUACGAUUACGAGUAUCAGCAUUUGCCGAAUCGUCAACUGGAUAACGCAGCCAACGCAACGGCCCAGCGCACACACGGCAGACAAGGCUUUCUCCUGGAGGGAGUCACGCCAACAGCACCACCGGAUGUUCCGCCACGUAAUCCGACAAUGAGUCGCAUGAAUAAUGCUCGUUUAAUUGCCGGCGCUGUUGCUAACAAUCCCAAUGAUCUGGGCGUUGACUUUGAGCCAUCGUGUUUGGUGCGGACGCCAUCGGGCAACGUUUACAUUCCUAGUGGAAAUCUAAAUAUUAACAAGGGCUCACCUAUCGACUACAAGAGCGGAUCGGCCUGUUCCACACCCACAAAAGACACUCUCAAAGGGGGCUACGAUCGCAGCACGCAAGGCUGCAUGGGCCCGGUUCUGCCGCCAAGGAGCAUGAACGGAAUGCCCACCCAUCAUUACUCGGCGCCGAUGAACUUGCGCAAGGACUUAGCCGCACGCUGCUCGGCCAACUGGGCUAGCAUUGCCGCGUGCUCGGCGUUCGCUGUACUUUGUAUUCUGCUGAUCCUGCUGACCAGCACCGGCACCCUGCACUGGUCCCCGUCGGCACCCUGCACAGUUCUAGUCGGCAACGAGGCCGCCGAGGUCACGGCGGCCAAGAGCACCAACACGGAUUUAUCCAAGCUGCACAAUGCAUCGGUACGCGCGAAAAAUGGACAGGGCAUAGGAAUUGUACAGGGACAACCGGGUGGAGGCAUUGCAACGGCAACUGUCACGACGGCCACAUCAAACAGCGGGACGGCUCAAGGCUUGCAGUCGACAUCCACCUCGGCGGAGGCCACAUCUUCGGCAGCGGCAGCCACUGCAACGUCCUCCUCGCAAUCAUCGCUUGCGCCCUCGACUUCCCUAUCCUCAUCCUUAGCAAACGCCAAUAAUGGAGCAAGUAAAGGAGGCAUUGGAGCAGUGUCAACGUGGCUGUCUGUCAACAAGGAUGGCAACAAACGACGCCGUGGAAGAAGUUUAAUGGACUGGCAGCGGGGGCAGGAUCAUGAUGAUGAUGGCGAUGAUGAUGAUGUGGCUGCAGAAACUUUUAGCGACUUAAUUACAAAAGCAAGUGGAGUCCAUACACAAAAGUAUCUGACUUUGACAACGUCGCCAACCGCUCAAAACGUGGUAAAAUCCAUAAGCGAAUCUGCUAACAUACACCGGCCCAGGAAGGCAACUGUCAUCGCUUUGGACACCCAGCCAAGCAAUUACGAUAAAACUUUGCACAAAAUCGAUAGCAUAUUGAAUCUCGAGCAGGGCGAAGGGAACAGCUUUGUGGACGACAUCAGCGACUACGACUAUGAAGACGAUGCCGAAGAUGAGCAGAAGGAGACAACAGAGCGGACAGCGCCUAGGACUAGGCAACAAUUUGGCAAAUCAUUAAACGGCAAUUUGCGUAGAGCAGGUAAAACGCUUUCCAAACCCCAACGGAAGUUUAAGGAAGAGCUCCAACUCGAAGAAACCAGCGAUACCAUCACCAUCGAGUCAGAUACAGAGGCAAGCAGCGUUGCUUCUGUUAUUGAUGACUAUAAUCAAAAUGACAGCACCAUCAGACGUGGCAGCAGCAGCAGUAGGGAGGACUCAAUGCUGACAACGACGUCAGAAAGUGACAACGAUGACGUUGUUGAAAUCGACACCAUCAGCAGAGCCGGCACGGAAAAGAAUAAGGGGAUGUCCUCAACCGUCUCCAUUAUUGAAAAUGAUUUUCAAAUCAAACAGAACCUGAAGCAGAAACCUGCCGCUAAUGAUAACAAUAAUGAGAGUGAUUUGGCCGAUAACUAUGAGGAGAACAACAGCAAAGAACAGUCAGAGCCACCCCCACAUAGCAUAAAUCAAACAGUGUCCGACCUUAUGCUGAGCGACGCGGCACUCUUCGAUAAUGACGAUAUCGAUAUAGUCAAAUUAGACGAAGCGCCCACCUCCAAUAAGGUGAACCUGUACAAAACAGCUGUCGAGCAAACCAGAAUAAAGCCGCUUCAGUCACUGCCAGCUAGCGAAAAUGAGGUUCUUAAGGAGCAAGAUAAUGACAAUAUUUUACCAGCCCAUUUAACACCCCUAAAGCCAUAUGUCAGUGAGCGCUUUGAUCAGCCCAGUAAACGUAUAUUAGUCAAUCUGACGAUAGCCACAGACGACGGUAGUGAUUCCGUGUAUACGCUUCAUGUGGCGGUGCCGACUGGCGGCGGCACGCACAAUGUGGAGCAGGUGCUGACCCACGAAAAAAAGUCGCUAGAUGAGGACAAUAAUAUAGACAGCGUUGGCUCCUGUGUAUUCGAGCCACCACCACGCAUGCCCGACUGCCCCUGCAGCUGUCUAGACCCAUUGCCAACCAUUUUCACGAACAAGAACAACAACCCAGUUGACAUUGACUAUGCCAGUCCGACGACAGCGACACCGCAUGCAGAGGAAGCUACUAUAUUGGGUCACCAGCUUGAUUCGAGUGAUAGCGCGGAGGUGGAAGAUCCAUCAACUGCAUCAAGCACCGAUACUAACUUUCCUAGCACUGAUUUUGAUAACAGCAAUGCCGCUACCGAUACUAAUUCUGAUGUUCUUGGUGGUGAAAAUCUUGCAUGUCCCGAUGUUAUGCCUAUACUCAUACUGGAAGGUGCUCGCACGUUCCCAGCGCGAAGCUUCCCACCGGAUGGCACCACCUUUGGCCAGAUUACGUUGGGUCAAAAACUAACGAAGGAGAUACAACCGUACAGCUAUUGGAAUAUGCAAUUCUAUCAAUCGGAACCGGCCUAUGUCAAGUUUGACUAUACAAUUCCACGUGGCGCAUCCAUAGGCGUCUACGGGCGUCGUAAUGCCCUGCCCACUCACACUCAAUACCAUUUUAAAGAAGUCUUGAGUGGCUUCAGCGCUAGCACACGCACCGCCAGGGCCGCACACCUUUCCAUAACGCGAGAGGUGACACGUUAUAUGGAGCCAGGGCAUUGGUUCGUCUCGCUCUACAACGACGAUGGGGAUGCACAGGAAUUAACUUUCUAUGCAGCCAUAGCAGAGGACAUGACACAGAACUGCCCUAACGGCUGCUCUGGCAAUGGGCAAUGCUUGCUGGGCCAUUGCCAAUGCAAUCCCGGCUUUGGAGGCGACGAUUGCAGUGAGAGCGUUUGUCCAGUGCUGUGCUCCCAGCAUGGAGAGUACAUCAAUGGCGAGUGCAUUUGCAAUCCGGGCUGGAAGGGCAAGGAGUGCUCCCUGCGCCACGACGAGUGUGAGGUGGCCGAUUGCAAUGGUCAUGGGCACUGUGUUAGCGGCAAAUGUCAGUGCAUGCGCGGCUAUAAGGGCAAAUUUUGCGAAGAAGUGGACUGCCCACAUCCCAGUUGCUCUGGACAUGGCUUCUGCGCGGACGGCACCUGCAUCUGUAAAAAGGGCUGGAAGGGAACCGACUGCGCCACCAUGGACAAAGACGCACUCCAAUGUUUACCCGACUGCUCGGGUCACGGUAACUUUGAUCUGGACACCCAAACCUGCACAUGCGAGACCAAGUGGAGCGGUGAUGACUGUUCCAAGGAGCUGUGCGACCUCGACUGUGGCCAGCACGGACGUUGCGAGGGUGAUGCCUGCGCCUGCGACCCGGAAUGGGGUGGCGAUUACUGCAACACGAAGCUCUGCGACAGCCGCUGCAACGAGCACGGUCAGUGCAAGAAUGGAACCUGCCUUUGUGUAACUGGAUGGAAUGGCAAACAUUGCACAAUCGAAGGUUGUCCAAACAGCUGUGCUGGGCACGGACAGUGUCGGGUGAGCGGCGAGGGCCAAUGGGAAUGCCGCUGCUAUGAGGGCUGGGACGGACCUGAUUGUGGCAUAGCCUUGGAGUUAAACUGUGGCGAUAGCAAGGACAACGAUAAAGAUGGCCUGGUUGACUGUGAAGACCCCGAGUGCUGUGCCAGUCACGUCUGUAAGACCUCCCAGCUGUGUGUAUCAGCACCCAAGCCUAUUGAUGUUCUCCUAAGGAAACAGCCUCCGGCAAUUACAGCCUCAUUCUUUGAGCGCAUGAAGUUUCUGAUUGACGAGAGUAGUCUUCAGAACUAUGCUAAGUUGGAGACUUUUAACGAGAGCAUUUUUUGGAAUUAUUUCAAUGCAAGCCGUUCAGCAGUUAUCCGCGGACGCGUUGUCACCUCCCUGGGCAUGGGGCUGGUGGGCGUGCGCGUUUCCACAACUACUCUGUUGGAGGGUUUCACGCUCACUCGCGACGACGGGUGGUUUGAUCUGAUGGUCAAUGGCGGAGGAGCUGUGACCCUGCAAUUUGGACGCGCUCCGUUCCGACCGCAGUCACGCAUUGUGCAGGUUCCAUGGAACGAGGUCGUCAUUAUCGAUGUGAUGGUCAUGAGCAUGUCUGAAGAAAAGGGUCUGGCCACGACUACAACACACACUUGCUUCUCGCACGACUACGAUCAAAUGAAGCCGGUUGUAUUGGCCUCAUGGAAGCAUGGCUUCCAAGGCGCCUGUCCAGAUCGCAGUGCCAUACUGGCCGAGUCGCAGGUGAUCCAAGAGUCCCUGCAAAUACCUGGUACGGGCCUAAAUCUGGUAUAUCAUUCCUCCCGUGCUGCCGGCUAUUUAUCAACAAUCAAACUCCAACUGACGCCCGAUACGAUACCCGCUUCGCUUCAUCUUAUCCAUUUGCGAAUUACCAUCGAGGGCAUCCUAUUUGAGCGCGUUUUCGAAGCCGAUCCGGGCAUUAAAUUCACGUAUGCUUGGAACCGCUUGAACAUAUACAGGCAACGUGUCUAUGGCGUCACCACAGCCGUAGUUAAAGUGGGUUAUCAGUACACGGAUUGCAAGGACAUUGUAUGGGAUAUACAGACAACGAAACUCAGUGGUCAUGACAUGUCUAUCUCAGAGGUAGGCGGCUGGAAUCUGGAUAUCCAUCACCGUUACAACUUCCAUGAAGGAAUUCUUCAGAAGGGCGACGGCUCCAACAUCUAUCUGCGCAACAAGCCUCGCAUUAUUCUCACUACCAUGGGCGAUGGUCAUCAGCGCCCGCUGGAGUGCCAAGAUUGCGAUGGUUUGGCCAUGAAGCAGCGCCUGCUCGCCCCCGUUGCCCUAGCUGCCGCACCAGACGGCAGUCUGUUCGUUGGCGAUUUCAACUUUAUUCGCCGUAUAAUGACGGAUGGCAGUAUUCGCACGGUUGUCAAACUGAACGCCACACGUGUCUCCUAUCGCUAUCACAUGGCGCUGAGUCCGCUUGACGGUACUCUCUACGUAUCCGAUCCAGAAUCUCAUCAGAUAAUACGCGUACGCGACAUCAGUGACUACUCACAACCGGAACUGAACUGGGAAGCGGUUGUGGGUUCCGGGGAACGCUGCUUGCCCGGCGAUGAGGCUCAUUGUGGUGAUGGUGCCCUGGCUAAGGACGCAAAGCUGGCCUAUCCCAAAGGCAUUGCUAUCUCCAGCGACAACAUUCUUUACUUUGCUGACGGCACCAACAUCCGAAUGGUAGAUCGUGAUGGCAUCGUAAGCACACUGAUCGGCAACCACAUGCACAAGUCACACUGGAAGCCCAUUCCGUGUGAGGGCACACUCAAGCUGGAGGAAAUGCACUUGCGCUGGCCCACGGAACUGGCUGUGUCGCCAAUGGACAACACCCUCCACAUCAUUGACGACCACAUGAUUUUGCGAAUGACCCCCGACGGACGCGUCCGUGUUAUAUCUGGCCGGCCACUGCAUUGCCCUACAGCCACCACAGCCUUCGAUACAGACCUCGCCACUCAUGCGACUCUGGUUAUGCCGCAAUCUAUUGCUUUUGGCCCGCUGGGCGAGCUCUUUGUGGCAGAAAGCGACUCUCAACGCAUUAAUCGCGUGCGCGUUAUUGGCACGGACGGACGUAUCGCAUCGUUUGCGGGAGCCGAGUCGAAGUGCAAUUGCCUGGAGCGUGGAUGCGAUUGCUUCGAAGCUGAUCACUAUCUGGCGACAAGUGCUAAAUUUAAUACAAUUGCCGCCCUAUCUGUCACUCCCGAUGGACACGUACAUAUUGCCGACCAGGCUAACUACCGCAUACGCUCGGUCAUGUCCAGCAUCCCUGAGGCGAGCCCAUCGCGAGAGUAUGAGAUAUAUGCGCCAGAUAUGCAGGAGAUAUAUAUCUUUAACCGAUUCGGCCAACAUGUCUCUACUCGUAACAUUCUAACCGGUGAAACCACAUACGUCUUCACCUACAACGUGAACACAUCUAAUGGAAAGCUCAGCACCGUAACGGAUGCGGCGGGCAACAAGGUGUUCCUUUUGCGCGACUACACCUCUCAAGUGAAUUCAAUUGAGAAUACCAAGGGCCAGAAGUGCCGCCUCCGCAUGACUCGCAUGAAGAUGUUGCACGAAUUGAGCACACCAGACAACUACAAUGUCACCUACGAGUAUCACGGACCGACAGGAUUGCUAAAGACAAAGCUUGACUCUACAGGACGUUCCUAUGUGUAUAACUAUGAUGAAUUUGGACGUCUAACUUCAGCUGUUACACCGACUGGUAGAGUCAUUGAGCUCAACUUUGAUUUAAGUGUAAAGGGGGCUCAAGUGAAGGUCUCAGAGAACGCACAAAAGGAGAUAUCCAUGCUUAUACAGGGCUCCACGGUUAUUGUUAAGAACGGAGCCGCAGAAUCACGCACUUCUGUGGACAUGGAUGGUUCGACCACGAGCAUCACACCCUGGGGUCACAAUCUACAAAUGGAAGUUGUUCCCUACACAAUUUUGGCCGAGCAGAGCCCGCUACUGGGCGAGAGCUACCCAGUUCCAGCCAGGCAGCGCACGGAGAUUGCCGGAGAUCUGGCCAACCGGUUUGAGUGGCGCUACUUUGUGCGUCGCCAACAGCCUCUCCAGCAGGGCAAGCAAAACAAGGGAGCUUCGCGUCCGGUCACGGAAGUUGGACGUAAACUGCGUGUCAAUGGAGACAAUGUUCUAACUCUGGAAUACGAUCGUGAAACGCAGUCGGUUGUUGUAAUGGUCGAUGAUAAACAGGAGCUGCUCAAUGUGACCUACGACCGCACCUCGCGUCCAGUAAGUUUCCGCCCACAGUCGGGUGAUUACGCUGAUGUUGAUCUCGAGUAUGAUCGAUUUGGACGCUUGGUCAGCUGGAAAUGGGGAGUGCUGCAAGAGGCCUAUACAUUUGACCGCAAUGGACGCUUGAAUGAGAUUAAGUAUGGCGAUGGAUCAUCGAUGGUUUACACCUUUAAGGACAUGUUUGGCUCCCUACCCCUUAAAGUGACCACUCCGCGACGCUCAGACUACCUACUACAAUACGAUGAUGCGGGCGCACUACAAAGCUUGACAACUCCACGAGGUCACAUUCACUCCUUCUCGCUGCAGACGUCACUCGGCUUUUUCAAGUAUCAGUACUACUCGCCAAUUAAUCGUCAUCCCUUCGAAAUCCUAUACAACGAUGAGGGCCAGAUUCUGGCCAAAAUACAUCCACAUCAAUCCGGCAAAGUCGCUUUUGUGCAUGAUGCUGCAGGACGUCUGGAAACCAUUCUGGCAGGACUUUCGAGUACCCAUUAUACUUAUCAAGAAACUACUAGUCUGGUGAAGUCCGUUGAGGUACAGGAGCCAGGUUUCGAGUUGCGUCGCGAGUUCAAGUACCACGCAGGUAUCCUCAAGGACGAAAAACUGAGAUAUGGAUCAAAGAACUCACUGGCAGCAGCUCACUACAAAUACGCCUACGAUGGUAACGCUCGCCUGAGCGGCAUUGAGAUGGCUAUUGACGACAAGGAGCUGCCUACCACUCGCUACAAGUACAGCCAGAACCUGGGUCAGCUCGAAGUAGUGCAGGAUCUGAAGAUUACCCGCAACGCUUUUAAUCGUACCGUGAUUCAGGACUCGGCCAAACAGUUCUUUACCAUUGUGGACUAUGAUCAGCAUGGACGUGUUAAGAGCGUAUUAAUGAACAUCAAGAGCUUCGACGUGUUCCGCUUGGAACUCGAUUAUGAUCUUCGUAACCGCAUUAAGUCCCAAAAGACAACCUUCGGCAGGUCAACAGCCUUUGACAAGAUUAACUACAAUGCGGACGGGCACGUCAUUGAAGUUCUGGGUACCAACAACUGGAAGUAUCUUUACGACGAAAACGGCAACACCGUGGGUAUCGUCGAUCAGGGCGAGAAGAUAAACCUUGGCUACGAUAUUGGCGACAGAGUCAUCAAGGUGGGCGAUGUCGAAUUCAACAACUAUGAUGCACGCGGAUUUGUUGUGCGCCGAGGCGAGCAGAAGUACAGGUACAAUAACCGCGGUCAACUGAUCCACGCUUUUGAGCGAGACCGCUUCCAAAGCUGGUACUAUUACGACGACCGCAGCCGCCUUGUAGCCUGGCACGACAGCAAGGGCAAUGUCACACAGUACUACUAUGCAAACCCUAAGACUCCGAGGCUGGUCACUCAUGUGCACUUCCCCAAAUUAGGGAAGACCAUGAAGUUCUAUUAUGAUGAUCGGGACAUGCUGAUCGCACUUGAGCAUGCUGAGCAGCGAUACUAUGUGGCCACUGACCAAAAUGGCUCUCCACUAGCCUUCUUCGACAUGAACGGAGGCAUUGUGAAGGAGGUAAAGCGCACGCCUUUUGGGCGCACCAUCAAAGACACCAAGCCCGACUUCUUUGUGCCCAUCGAUUUCCAUGGCGGACUAAUCGAUCCCCAUACAAAACUGAUCUACACCGAGCAACGACAAUACGAUCCAACUGUGGGUCAGUGGAUGACGCCACUUUGGGAAACGCUGGCCACCGAAAUGUCCAAUCCCACCGACGUAUUUAUCUAUCGAUACCACAACAACGAUCCCAUCAACCGUAACAAGCCGCAGAACUACAUGAUCGACCUUGACGCCUGGCUGCAGCUCUUCGGAUACGAGCUGAACAAUAUGCAGAGCAACAGAUACACCAAGCUGUCUCAGUACACCCCACAGGCCACUAUCAAGUCGAAUACGCUUGCACCAGACUUUGGUGUUAUCUCCGGCCUGGAGUGCAUCGUCGAGAAGACCAACGAGAGGUUCAGCGACUUUGACUUCGCGCCAAAGCCACUGCUCAAAAUGGAGCCCAAGAUGCGAAACCUGCUGCCACGUGUGAGCUAUCGUCGGGCCGUCUUUGGCGAAGGCGUUCUGUUGUCGAGGAUCGGAGGACGCGCUCUAGUCAGCGUGGUGGAUGGCUCCAAUAGUGUGGUACAGGAUGUAGUUAGCUCGGUGUUCAACAACUCCUACUUCUUGGAUCUGCACUUUAGCAUACAUGAUCAGGACGUAUUUUACUUUGUCAAAGACAACGUACUGAAGCUGCGAGACGAUAACGAAGAGCUACGCCGCCUUGGCGGCAUGUUUAACAUAUCAACGCACGAAAUCAGCGAUCAUGGUGGCAGUGCUGCGAAAGAACUACGUCUGCAUGGGCCCGAGGCAGUAGUUAUCAUCAAGUACGGUGUGGAUCCCGAGCAGGAACGACAUCGCAUACUCAAGCAUGCGCACAAGCGCGCAGUCGAACGUGCCUGGGAGCUGGAGAAGCAGCUGGUCGCAGCUGGCUUCCAGGGCCGUGGCGACUGGACAGAAGAGGAAAAAGAGGAACUCAUACAGCACGGCGACGUUGAUGGCUGGAUCGGCAUUGACAUUCAUAGCAUACACAAGUACCCACAGCUGGCUGAUGACCCCGGUAACGUGGCCUUCCAACGCGAUGCCAAACGCAAGCGCCGCAAGACUGGCAGCAGCCACAGGUCCAGUUCCAAUCGACGACAGCAGAAAUAUGGGGAGCUGACUGCGUGAGUAGAGGAGGAUCUAGAGAGUGAAGCUAGCAAUGAAGCCAUGGAAGAGUAUGACGGGCCAGAGGACUACUUGAUAGCUGUGGAUAAAGCUGUCCGCAUGACAAACACCGAGGCAGCCGAAGAGCAGUUUUUGUAAUUACUUAGGUGAAAUAAAGCAGCGAUAAACGGUAAGCGAUAAGCGAUAAGCAUUAAGCACAACACACAAAACAAAAAAGAAAACAAAAAAACACGACACAGUUCAAUUUAACUCAUUAAUACAGACUUUAAUCGCGUUUAAAGUUUAAUAUUAGUAACCAGGCAAACCCGAACACUAACGAAAAACAAACCAGCAAUUCACGUAAAUUUCUAUAAAUGUACGUAUACAGAACAAAUAUAUGUAUGUAUGUUGAUGUUGAGUUUAGGGUAACAAUAGGGAUAUGUUUAGACCAUGUGCAACAUUAUAUGUAUAUUUUAUAAAUCUGGCAAAUCUAAUGCAAGGCGAGCACCUCCUUUCAAAGAGAGCCCGCCAGCUCGUACGACAUACGAGAGGCGUAUAAAGUGAACAUUCUUUCCUUCAGGCAUAUAGAUUUGUAGGAAAAAGGAGGGCUAGAAGAAAACAUAGAACUCUGUCGAAUUCCCUGAAGACAAACCACGUUUUUCUCGGUAUCCAAAAUUCCAAGGAGAACCGCCUUUUAGAUUCAGUCUACAGAAGUCUUAUUAGCCAGUUGCAUUCGAUGUCAGACAAGUAUUACACAAAAAAAAAAAAAAGGAAAACAAAAGAAACGAAAUAAAUUACGCAUAUUCGAAUAGGUAAUAUAUUAAUAUACAUAUAUCAUAAAUUAAUGUAAAAAGUUGAGAGUCCCCCGCAAAAGAAGAAAGUAAAAAACAAAAACAAAUACAGAUGCAAGUGUAGUAUUCCCUAGCCCAGCCCAUACUCGUAUGGUUAAAAGAACUUAAAAGCUGCUUCAUUUUAAUAAUGCUUUGUAUAUUGUACAUACACACACACACACACACACACUCUUACAUAUAUAAAAACACAUACAAUACUUAAAUAUGCUUUAACACUCAGCGCGCCAUUUUUGACUGUAUUUUUUUUUUGUAUUUUUUCAUUGAAACCCCUUGAUUUUAGGCAUACGUACGUAAAUCGUACGUAGUCGUGACAUCUUUUGACUCAUAUUUUAAGCAAAUGCUCGAAUUUACUCAAACGCAUAUACUUAAGUUUGACAGCCAAAAAUCAAAACACUUUUGGGUCAGCUACCCUUACCAAACAAACAAAAUACUUACAUACUCGAAUUCCUACAAACAAUUUAUUCUCCUAUCAUUUUCACUGAUUUUAUAAACCGAACCGUUGAAUUCAUUUCGAAGGCAAAAUGCAUUAAAACCUUUUACAAAUUGUGAUAUAUUUCUAAACAUUUCGUUUCACAACUGGAAAUGUUACAUAAAUGUUGAAUCGAAGUAAAGCAAUUCGAACCGAAACGUUUAAAACAGCAAAGUACUUUACUCAUUCGUGUGUUUUUAGUUUUUUUGUUUUGUUUUUUACGUAGUCUAUUAAGGUUUUAGUUUUUUAAAAUGCAAUAUUUAAUUUAAAAGUUUUGCCAUGUUAAUUUGUAAAAGCAAUGCAUUUUAUAAUGCCUUUAAUCCAAUGCUAGAUUAAGAUCGAUCCUAAAGAAUUUUUAUUAUUUUUUAAUUAUUGCAACCUUUAAAGCAUUUAAUUUUUUAACCAACCAAAUUUUAUAUUCUGUCUUUUAACUCGUCACUUUGCUAAAGUGUUUUUGUUUAUAAUUAUUCACAUUAUUAAACUAUUUAUAGCUGAAACUAAACUAUUGACUAUUGAGAUAUAAUUAAUCUAGCAAUAAACGUAAGAACGGAUACUUAAGUCUUGAACAUAAUAUAAAACACAACCAUAUGAGAUACACAUUGUAAUAUAUACACACUCAACUACACAUCGUUACUAAGGAUUAGGCUAAAGACGAAACUCAUAAGAUCGAAAUAUAGCACUUAACUAAUGUGAAAGUGAAAAAGGAGUUUAAAAUAAAACGUAGGAAUUAGCUAAAGUGUUAGUAAUUUUAUUAAAUAAAAUUAUAUAUAAUGCAGAACACAUUUAAUAAACAUUACAAAUAUUAAGUCUAAGCAACAAAUAAAACAAAAUACAUAUAAUAUAAUAACAAUAAAUGCAAACAAAACGUAACUCAUAUAUUGUAUACAUAAGUAUGUAUGUAUGCAUCGAUCGUGUCAUGCGAAAUGUUGUGUAAAGAAAAGCAUAAUGAAAACGUAAUUUUCAUGUUUUCCAAAACGAUUAAACAAAAACAAAAAAAAAAAAAUGAAAAACAAAAACUAUUUUACACAAAACGAAUUGUAAAGUAAAAUGCAGCAAGCGUAUAUAAAUGUAUAUGUAGUAAAAUUAAGCAGCAUUAUAUUAACCAAAAACCAAAAUGAAAUUAUUGAAAUCAGCUAAAACAAAAUAUUAAUUGUGACUGAGAGAACGAAGUGGAAAAUAACCAUCUACGUCUACUCAAUUGUGCUUAAAUUUACUAUGUAUGUAUCUUUUGUUCUUCAAAACGAAGUGUACAUUUUCCGAUAAACAAACAGGAACAAACACACACACACACACACACACACACACACACUCACACACACAAUUACAAUUCGUUAAGCUCAUGUUUAGAUUAUGUAUUCGUACAGACAAACUUAUAGCAGAGAAACGUUGAUAGAGCUAAAUGAUAACCCUUUGAUAAUAAAUAAAUUAUGAACAAUACUUGUAUUAAAUGUACGAAAUUGUCA